CUGCCCCCUCCUCUCUACUAUUGGUCGGCGCUCCGAUUCUCAGGCCCGCGUGCCUAAAAGCGGGCUGACUAGAUCGAGAGGACUGAGAGGCUGGCUGGAAACUUUCGAUCCUCCUGCUUGUCACGGGAAGAGGAGUGGACAAAGUUCACUCAGUCGUCACUCAUCUUGGCUCUGCGUGUGCGAGACCCUUUUACAGCUGCUCUUCCUCGCUUAUUGAUGGACGCAGUCAUGAGUCGGAGUCCAAAAAUGUGUGAGGAAGCCAGAGUACCCGCAGAAAACCCACACAAGCACGAGGAGAACAUGCAAACUCCACACAGGAAGAUAGCUGAGCGGCUUCCCUGGAUUUCGCUGCCCUCUCCGCUUAGUUUGGCCUGAAGAUGGAAACACUGGAGUCCGAGCUGACAUGCCCAAUUUGUCUGGAGCUCUUUGAGGACCCGCUUCUCCUGCCCUGCGCUCACAGCCUUUGUGCCAACUGCGCCCACCGCAUCCUGGUGUCGCACUGCACCCCCAGCGAGCCCGUCCAGUCCAUCCGCGCCUUCCAGUGCCCCACCUGCCGCUAUGUCAUCAACCUCAACCAGAGAGGCCUAGAAGGACUCAAGCGCAACGUUACACUGCAGAACAUCAUCGACCGCUACCAGAAGGCUUCCCUCAGCGGACCCAACUCGCCCAGCCAGCCCCGGCGGGAGCGAGCCGCCCCCGACGGCGGCGCCAUGACGCAACCCGGCGGAGAGCGGGUGCUGUGUCAGUUCUGCGAGCGGGAGCCGCCCCAGGACGCCGUGAAGACCUGCGUCACGUGCGAGGUUUCCUACUGCGACGACUGCCUUAAGGCCACCCACCCCAACAAGAAGCCCUUCACGGGCCACCGCCUCGUGGAGCCCCUGCUGGACUCCCACAUGCGAGGGGUUAUGUGCGUGGAGCACGAGGACGAGAAGGUCAACAUGUACUGUUUGACGGACGAGCAGUUGAUCUGCGCCUUGUGCAAGCUGGUUGGACGGCACAGGGACCACCAAGUCGCCGGGCUGGGGGACCGAUACGACAAACUCAAGCAUGCCUUGGACACCAACCUCAGCAAUCUCAUCAAGAGGACCAGCGAGUUGGAAACUCUGAUGGGCAAACUCAUCCAGACGUGCCAACACGUGGAGAUAAAUGCAUCCAGGCAAGAAAACAAGCUGCUGGAAGAGUGUGACCUCCUGAUCAAUAUCAUACAGCAGAGAAGGCAAAUCAUCGGUACCAAGAUAAAGGAGGGAAAGACCGUGCGCCUGAGGAAGCUCGCCCAGCAAAUCGGCAGCUGCAAGCAGUGCGUCGAGAGGGCGACCGCGCUCAUCGCUCAAGCCGACCACACCCUGAAAGAGACGGACCCCUCUCGCUUCCUUCAGUCGGCCAAAAGCAUCUGCGAGAGAGUCUCCAUGGCAACGGCGUCCUCUCAGAUCUUGCUACCGGAAAUAAACCUGAACGACACCUUUGAUUCUUUUGUUCUGGAUUUCACAAGGGAGAAGAAAAUGUUAGAAAGCUUGGAUUAUCUCACAGCGCCAAAUCCACCCGUAAUCCGCGAGGAAUUAUGCACGGCUUCAUACGACACCAUCACAGUCCACUGGACGUCAGACGACGAGUUCACCGUCGUGUCCUAUGAACUCCAGUACGCCAUCUUCACCAGCCACGCCAAUGUCAUCAGUUUGUGCAAUUCGGCUGACAGCUGGAUGAUCGUGCCAAACAUCAAGCAAAAUCACUACACGGUGCACGGGCUGCAGUGCGGCACCAAGUACGUCUUCAUCGUUAAAGCCAUCAACCAGGCCGGAAACCGAAGUAGCGAACCAGGAAAGCUCAAGACCAACAGUCAGCCGUUCAAACUGGAUCCAAAGUCCGCUCACCGGAAGUUGCGGGUGUCCCACGACAACCUGACGGUGGAGAGGGAUGAGACGUCGUCCAAGAAGAGUCACGGCCAGGACCGCUUCAGCAGCAACAGCAGCUACGGCGUGACGGGGAACGCUUACAUCGACAGCGGCCGCCAUUACUGGGAGGCGCUCAUCGGAGGAAGCACGUGGUUUGCGGUAGGUAUCGCUUACAAGUCGGCACCGAAGCACGAGUGGGUGGGCAAGAACUCUGCUUCCUGGGUACUGUCCCGGUGUAACACCUCGUGGGCGGCGCGUCACAACAGCAAGGAGACGCCCUUGGAGCCCUCGCCCCAUUUGCGGCGACUCGGCGUGCUGCUGGACUACGACUCGGGCUUCCUGUCGUUCUACGACGCCGUGGGCUCUCAGCGCUUGCACACGUUCGACAUCACCUUCGCGCAGCCCGUCUGCCCCGUGUUCAACGUGUGGAACCGAUGCGUCACCAUCCUCACCGGACUGCCCAUCCCGGACCACUUGGAAGGAAGCGAGUCCGGCAACUGACAUGCGGAACGUUUGUGUGAACUUUGAUUUUAGACACAAUAAAUGACUGUGUGUUUAUUCCUCGUCAAACCUUUUCAUGAAUUGAACUUUAACAAUUUGCAUUUCUGAAAUGAUUUGCAAGCAUUUUACUUUGCACGUCUGUACAUUAUUCUGCUGGAUCGUUUCAAAAGGGUAUACCAACUGUUUUAAAUUGCUGAAAUAUUUGAAAUAGGCUGAAAUUUUUUUCUUAAUCUUAAUUUGUGCAUUUGUAUCCAUGUAAUGUAAACAUGUUUAGGUUUUUUUUAGAGGAAUCAUUAUGUGUCACUGUUCAAAAGUUUCUUGAGGGCUGUGUGGUAAAUGUCUAUUUUAAUACUGUAUAUGGUUGCAAACUUUUUAGCACUUUGAGAAGACAUAAAGAGACUGUUACAAUAAAAUGCAUUUU